AUGACAACUACUAACAUGGAUCCCUAUCCAUAUCGCGAGUCUGCAAUCCCAAUCUCCCGCGGCUCAUUCAUAUUGAUCGAAGGGCUCGACCGAGCUGGGAAAACGACCCAAGUAAAGAAGUUAUGUGAUAAACUAUACGCCUCUGGACGAAAUGUCAAGCUUAUGCGAUUUCCUGACAGAACAACCUCAAUUGGUCAACAGAUAAAUUCCUACCUACAAUCCUCCACUACUCUCCCAGAUCAGUCAAUACAUCUUCUUUUCUCGGCAAACCGAUGGGAGAAAGCCCAAGAAAUUCGAGAUUUGAUUGCUCAAGGGUACACAAUCGUUUGCGAUCGUUAUUACUAUUCCGGAAUGAUUUACACAUCCUCCAAAUAUUCAAUCGAUUCUCCAAAUCAUCUUUCCCUUGAAUGGUGCAAAAAUCCUGAAAUAGGACUGCCGAUGCCAGAUAGAGUGAUCUUUUUGGAUCUAGAGCCCGAAGAAGCGGAAAAGCGAGGCGGGUACGGAGACGAGAAGUACGAAACGAGAGAAAUGCAAAGAAGAGUCAGGAAUGGAUUCUUGACAUUGCAAGAUUCAGAGCUUCCAGGAUUCGAGCAUGAGCGACGCAUAAUGAAGGCAAUCGAUGCAGGUAAUGGGCUAGAUGAGGUUGCGGAGAAGAUUUGGGAUGCCGUGAAGGGUUUGGUAGAACAGAUAGAAAAAGGGAAGGUUGGAGAGCUAGGUGUUGUUCGAUGA